UUUAUAUUUUCGUAUGUCUGUACUUUAACAUAUUUUCAACUAUAUUGUAUUUCUUUCUAUUCUUGGUUGGAUUAACUAAUAUUUAGGCUACUUUUAUUUUUCUCAUCACGUUUUGGAUACCAUAAUUGCUACUAAUACGAUUUUGUUAUUGUACAUGAAUGCAUCAACAACCAAUGAAGUUUUCUACUGAGAAUAUACUGAGAAUCCCUACUUUUGUAGAUCUGUCUUCAAGCCAAAACCAGGUCAUAGGCUAUUUGCAUUUUACGUAGCCCACGUUCAUUAAUUAAUGUGGCAAUAAUCUAACAUUUUUUUUCUGUGGCUCCAGUAUUACAAAAAAAAAGUGGGCCACGUAUUCCCAUUUGAAAGACAUAAAACUAAAUAACACAACAAUUACAGUGUUGAAACAGCUGAAUUUUCAGCGUACAAUGCAUUUAAACUUGGAUAAGCAAGGGUAUAAAAAAAUUAAGGAUGUAAUGUCGCCCUCUGCUGGUACACGUAAAUCACUACAUCGGUCGCUGAGUUAUGACGUGAAUCACGUGUGUUUUUCCAGCAUGGUGACCUCCGUCUCUUUAUACACCCAUAGCAAAUACAGCCGGGUGGGAGAAAUGAAGACCGACGAAUUGUUGUUACACUAUAAGUGGAGUAAGUGAACUUUCAAGCAGGUGUACUGCUACAAUAAUGCUAUAAUGAUACGUAUUUCGCUGGCGAUUUUAUUAUAUUUUACAACUGUAGCUGUCAUUUUCUAUUUUUCAUCUGCUUUUAAUGCACUCGCUAGGAUCUCAGGACACAACUUUGAUUUAAUUAAUAUAUUAUUUUAUAGUUUAAAGUAAUGGCUGCGCAGAUGCCCUUUUCUGGACUCCUGUUUAUGCACAAACUGGUAAGAAUUAGCACAUUCAGUCAAAGACACCUCAGUAGGCACAUACUCCAUGAAUCUAGGAGGGUGACAAGAGCUUUUUCAACUGCUUCUGUGAACUGUAACGAGAAUAAGGGAGACAUCUCGGACUCAUCAGUCCCAAGCACCAAGCUGACCUCCAGGCAAGAACUGCUGUCUAGAAGGAGGCGACCCCUGUCCCCCCUGGAGAGGAUCAGCAGCCUGCUGCCCCAGGAUGCCCUGAGUGACGAGGUGAUGCAGCUGAGGGAGCAGACCGAGCAAGAAGACACAAACACCCAGGUAGUAUCAGACACACAAGAGGAAGGAGGACAUGCAGAAGUCCCAAAAGAGGACGAUCAAGAGACCCAGCAUGCAUCAGAUGCAGCAAUGGAGACAAAAACUCCAGACACUCAGUUAAACUCAGCUGAAAAAAGUUUAUCCCCCACUCCUCCUGGGGAGCGUUUGCUUGAGUUCGGGGAGCUGCUUGUCGCUGAGUAUCAUAAGAAGGGCCGGGUGGAGUUCAGGAAGAUGUUUAAGCUUCAGCCAGGGACUCGUCUUAUGAGCAGCUGGGGGAUUAUUAUGCACAAGGAUAUAGCCGGGCUGCCUGCAGGUAGCUUCCUAAAGACAAGCAAAGGGGAUUUCAUCUUCAUACGUCGGUCCAGUCUGGAGGAUUAUGUACUGUUUAUGAAGAGGGGGCCAGCCAUCACCUACCCUAAGGAUGCAGCGACGAUGCUGAUGAUGAUGGAUAUCACAGAGGGAGACUACGUGUUGGAGUCAGGAUCUGGAUCCGGGGCCAUGUCUCUGUUCCUGUCCAGAGCAGUUGGCAGUAAGGGCAGCGUGCUGAGUGUGGAGGUCAGGGAGGACCACCACAAGAUAGCCAUGUUUAACUACAAGCGCUGGAGGAAAGCGUGGAGUCUUCGGCGAGGAGACGAGUGGCCCGACAACGUCCACUUUCACAACACUGACCUCCGAACUGAGUCCUCGCUCCUCACUGCUCGGGGGUUCAACGCGGUUGCUCUCGACAUGGUCAACCCUCACCUGGUUUUACCCACAGUGUUUCCACAUCUGCACAAUGGAGCUGUGUGUGCCGUCUACAUCGCCAAUAUCACACAGGUUAUGGAACUGCUGGAAGGCAUUCGAUGGUUGGCGCUCCCUUUGCUGUGUGAACGCAUCAUCGAGGUACCCAUCAGAUAUUGGGUGGUGGCUCCGGCCCUCAAGAAAGACGGGAACUACUGCGUGAGGAAAGCCCCAAUCUUGAACAAAGACCAGAGGGAAGAGGAGGAAGAGGAGGAAGAGGAUUCAGAAGAGAUGACCAAAGAGAAACACCCAGCCUUCGGGAGCAUCCCCUACAUAGCCAGACCUCAUCCUGAGCAGUUAAGCCACACAGCAUUCCUGGUGCAGCUGAGGAAGUGUGUGCGGUAGCUGUUCUGACUGUGGAACCUCGGACAAAAAGAGUGUUACAUACUAACCAAAUUAUUACUGUAAAUCAUUUGAGAAUAAAGGUGGUCAAAAUGUUCAGAGUACUUUCUUGAUAUGCAUUUUAAUGAAAAGUCUGUGUUGUAAAAAUCCUAGACAAUAAAUUAUCAGUGAACUGGC